AUGUUCGCAGCAGUACGGAAUAAUCCUCAACCCGAAUCCGGAGAAGGCGUCGACCUGAGACCGGACAGGGCUUGGGCCCAGGUUCGCGAUGAUGAGCCUCAACCUAUGUCCGGAGUAAGCCUCAGCACAGUAUCGUCGAGUAGUGAGGAGAGCGCUCGUAAUUGUGAAGAUAAGGCUGAAACGUGCACGAAUGCAAAUAAUCAUCAACAACGAAAGUAUUCUGCAGAUAUUUUAAGUGAUAAAACGAGUGCUUCAACGAUGUCCAAGAACGAAAGAACAUUCAUUGCAAUCAAGCCGGAUGCAGUGCAGCGAGGCAUAAUCGGUAAGGUGAUCUCAAGAUUCGAGGAGCGAGGUUACAAACUGGUUGCCAUGAAGAUGGUUCAUGCCACCAAACCACAUCUCGAGAUUCAUUACCAAGAACUGAAAGACAAGCCGUUCUUCAAAACACUCAUCGAGUAUAUGUCUUCUGGACCCGUGGUUGCGAUGGUCUGGGAAGGACUGGAUGUCGUUAAGCAAGGUCGUUUAAUGCUCGGUGCUACCAAUCCUUUGGCUUCGAAUCCUGGAACAAUCCGAGGUGAUUACUCAAUCCAAACAGGACGUAACAUCGUACACGGUUCAGAUUCACUUGAAUCUGCUAAUCGAGAAAUAGCUCACUGGUUCAAAAAGGAAGAACUUGUCGAAUGGACACCAGCUAAUGUCAAUUGGGUAUAUGAAUAAACAAAGAGCUGAUAGUUAUUUAGAUAUCAUUUAUUAAAUGUUACAGUUGUUGUAUUCGUUUAGUGAUUUGUUUCACCGAAUGAUGUAAUAAAUAUUUAUUAUUUCA